UUACAAAAUUACCAUCUGUCCUCUGGAUUUACAUGUCUUUAGCAGCACAUUCAUUAUUAUUUAGCAACAAGAUGUACUGAUGGACAAAAUGUAGUUUUCAUUCCUCAGUUCAUCCUCUCCCUGCAGCCUUGAAGAUUUCGUUCCCUCCUUUCUUUCUUUCUCUCUGUAGCCUAAAUCCCUUCCUCGUUUAUCCAUAUAGUCCUGAGCAAAAUGCAGAUAUGUAUCCAAGAGAGGGCGUAUAAUGCAUCCAUGAUCCACAGGAAUCCUGAAUCCUUGCAGCUGAUUGGCUGCUGGCUGCUGCCUCUUGUUGGUGAUGGACCUGUUGGAUAAAAGGAGCAUUUCUUCUCUAAAGGGACUCUGGUGUGUUAUAUACAGAGAGGAUCAUGCACUGGGGACCAUCCUGUAUGUGAGACGGUAUAGAAUAAAGAAAUAGCAUCCGAAGAUGACGGGGAAACAAGGUGCAGUGUUGUUGGAAAGUUUGCAUUUAUCAGAGAAAAGCUCAAACGGAGGGAGUAACAGCAGCAGCCAGCAGCUGCCGAAGAGCAGCAGCCACCAUCCGCCCACCAGGUGCACCGGCUUCGGCAUCCAGGAGAUCCUGGGGCUGAACAACAAGGAGCCGUCCGCGGCCCCGAGGAGCCCGCUCAGUCCGCUCAGCUCGCUGCCGGCCGGGGCGCACCUGAUCGCCGCCAGGUCCCUGCUGGGCCCCGGUGGUAUGGGAGUGGGUGUGGGUGUCGGGAUGGGAUUACUCGGCCACGGAGGGAUCCCGUCGUUUUACAGGCAGCCGGUGUUUCUGGAGACGGUGCUGUCGGACGCACAAGAUGUUCACCUGCAGCCACACAGCAGGUCCGGAGGAGGAGGGCCGAUGGACACCAGCCAGUCUGCCAGCUCAGACUCAGAUGAUUUAUCUUCAAAUGAACGAAAACUCUCAAAGUCAUCAGUAAGUCAGAGCAAGAAACGCAAGAAAAGACGCCACCGGACCAUCUUCACCUCCUACCAGCUGGAGGAGCUGGAAAAGGCCUUCAAUGAAGCGCACUACCCGGAUGUUUACGCCCGCGAGAUGUUGGCCAUGAAGACAGAGCUACCUGAAGACAGGAUACAGGUCUGGUUUCAGAACCGCAGAGCCAAGUGGAGGAAGAGGGAGAAGUGCUGGGGCCGAAGCACCGUGAUGGCUGAGUACGGGCUGUAUGGAGCCAUGGUGAGGCACUCCAUCCCCCUGCCAGAGUCCAUCCUCAAGUCUGCCAAGGAUGGCAUCAUGGAGUCCUGCGCCCCCUGGCUGCUCGUCCAAGAUGGCUUACCAAUCAACAGACGCUAUUCUAAAUCUGAAUACCCGCAACUCUUUGCAGGGAUGCACAAAAAGUCCGUGGAGGUGACCGUCCCCCCGGCAACGGGACAGUGUGACGCGCCCCAGCAGCCGAGCUCUCAGAGGGCGGAAGAGGCCGAGGCGGAGGAGAAGAGGUCAGAGGUCAAGUCUACCAUUUCUAAAGAGGAACUGAGAGAGAACAGCAUUGCUGCACUCAGGGCCAAAGCACAGGAGCACAGUGCCAAAGUGCUGGGGACGGUUUCUCAUGACAGACUGCUGGAGGGCACACAGGAGAGACAGGCGGCCGAGGAGAAAGAUCGCCUGAGUCCAGCAGAGGAGGAGAAAAGUCCGUAGAGACUAUCACGUUCCUGUGUGCUGGCUGCACUUUCACAACAUAACUCACUGUCCUGCAGGUCUUCAUCCCUCACUGACUUCUCUAAAACUGGCCUGGACUUCUUUAAGGAGAAAACUCAUCUGGCCGUCACCGGUUCACUGCUGCACAGAAGAUGCAAAAUGCACUUUUUCUGAUUUACUUCCAGUUUUUGUUGCUUAUGCAUAGUAGAGAAGAUUUGGCAGAGUGGGAGUAAAGUGUUAAUAUUGGUGUACAUAGAUCCCACAGUGAUAUAUAGAGCCAGUUAAGUCAAAUUUUACUACAGUUAUAUCAUAUUAAUUAGGACUACCAAUGACACAGUCAAGUGCAUUUCAUUCUAGGCAUUCAUUUUCAUGUUAAUGUACAGUUAUGAAAUAAGAACCAUCCCACCGACAGAAAGUAAUUGUUGUCCUAUAUCGCGUUGUAUAUACUUGAUAUAUUAAUCUCUCUCACUGAGGCACAAUUUCUUGUAGUCUUAAAAAUUUUUGUGUUUUCAUUUGAUGUAUAACUCAAAAAUAUAAAGCAUAAAAUAGCCUUUUAUUAAAUGUGG